ACGAGACGCAUUUAUUUCCCCUGGAGAGGCGGAGAUCACACACCGCUGGGGUUCUCUUGUCGGAAGACUGAGAGCUAAGAUCCGGCUACCUUAGUUCCAGGGGCAGUUCCAGAAGGUGUCUUUCUAGGGAGUGUUUUCCUUCUACCCUAACGUGGGUCGAGGCCAGCCGCAGCUCCUUGCUUGGAUCCAAUCCUAGGCCCAAGCAUGCUUAGGAGAGGGAAAAAGGCCAAGACACCUCUGUCGGAAGAGGAGCAGCUGCUUCUGUAUCAGCAGAAGUUGCUGGCAGAGGAGGAAAUGGCCAAGAAGAAAGAGAGGCUCCUCAGCCAGUUCUUGAAGGACAAGCUGGCCAAAGAGGAACAAAACAGUGCUCUUAACCUUAAUAAGAUUAACACACAGUGGAGAACUGUCCUUCGAGAAGUCAAGACUAAAGAACUUCAUAAAGACAUUGAAAUCCUCAGUCAAACAUUUGAACGAGUGGUGGACUGCAAGGACAGUGUCAUCAAGUCUUUAGCUAAGGACCUAUCAGAAGCUGAGGAGCAGUAUGCCCAUGCCCUACGCAGCCACUUGCACAACAUUGACCAGCUCUUGGACCUGCAGAGGCGCCGGCUCCACCUCCUGGAGGAAAAUUACAACAAUGAGCUGGAGGUCCUAACCAAGGAGUUUGAGACAGAAAGGAAGACAAUUAUUGACCAACAUGAGAAAGAGAUUCACUAUCUACAAGAUGUCUUCAUGGCCAUGGAGCAGAACUAUAUAGAUUCUGAGUAUGAAAGCAAGUUGGAGUUCCAAAGCAUGUGGGAUGAUCUCAAAAACAAGAACUUAGAAGAGAAGCACUUUCUACGAAUACAACUAGAGAAUGUAGUAGAAGAUCUGUGGAGAAGGUUCCAAGAAGCACUCAAGAAUUAUACUGAUGCCACAGAGGACCGGAAAAUUGCCUUUGAAACCUUAAAGGUGAAGGACGAGAAGAGCUCCAAAGAAAUUGAAGCACAAAUGAAAAAAAUACAGAAACUACAGGAGGCCAUAACUAUUUCAAAAGGCAAAAUCAUGCUGCAUAGUCGUGAGAGUGAAGAUCAGAACCAGUAUAUCCGUAAUGACAAGGAGUUGGUCCUUAUACAACUGCGAAAACUUAAGUCUCAAAGGAUGCAGGCCCGAGAGGUAUCCCAGGAGAACUUAGUCAAGCUCACCCUGGAAAGUAAUGCCACCCUCAAGGCCUUGAAAAAGAUCGUUGAUAAGGGUGAAAAGAUCCUUAAACUUGCUGAAAUAUGUAGAAAAUAUGAAACAGAGGAAGAGAAAGUGCUGCCUUUUUAUUCAUCAGUAUUGACAGCUAAUAUGCAGGAGGAGAAUGAGGAACAAAAUCCUGAAGAGCUUACUAUGGAACUUGUGAAGGUGAUGGCUGACUACGUAGGGAUGGAGAAUUUCUGGAAAAGGUACAACAAGGUGAAACUGGAGCAACUGAGCCUCCAACACAGACGAGCCCAGCUGCUGGAAAUUAAUGGGAAGCUUCGGGAGAUGCUCAAGCAGUACUUGGAUGGCAUCUCCGUGAGUGAUGAAGUGUUGAGCAAGUUUAACCCACUCUUCAUAGUCAACCAUCAAAGCAACUUAUCCCAACCCUUGUCCACAUCUACUGCUCAGUCAGGUGACAAACCACCUCCAACUACUUAUAAUAUCAUUGAAGCAGCCCACAUCAUCUCCCACACCCUGUGAUCCAAGGGAGGACACGUCUUUCCAACUUCAAAGAAAAAAAAAAUUUUUUUUUUGAGACCCAAGUGCUUUGCUAUUAAAAACUUCCAUGGAGUUUA